GUGCUGCAGUAGGCACGACUGACGCAGCGCAUGUGUGUUCCUAGGGAAGGCGGCAGUUUAGACAAUUCCUCUUCAUUCAACAACACGAACAACACUUUUCGGCGAAGAGCGACUUGCUCCCUCUCUCACACAUCGUUGUCGCUGUAACUUCAACAUCCGUACACUGUCACGAACCACUCCUCCGCCCCUCACCGCCCGCCUGCCAUGGCGCAGACCAACCCCAACGCGAUCAACGUCAAUGAUCCGGGACUCAUCACACUUGUCAACAAGCUUCAGGAUGUCUUCACUACAGUCGGCGUGCAAAAUCCCAUCGAUCUGCCGCAAAUCGCCGUAGUGGGCUCGCAAUCGAGUGGCAAGAGUUCCGUGCUCGAGAACAUUGUGGGAAGAGACUUCCUCCCACGAGGAACAGGAAUUGUGACCCGACGACCGCUCAUCCUACAACUCAUCAACCGAACACCUUUCAAACCAUCCGACAAACCACAGGAAAAUGGCACAACGAACGGAGAUGCGGUCGAAGGCACAAACGACAAAGAGGCCAACACCGCUGAGUGGGGAGAGUUCUUGCACAUACCUGGGCAGAAGUUCUACGACUUCAGCAAAAUACGAGACGAGAUUGUCAAAGAGACGGAGAGCAAGACUGGACGAAACGCCGGUAUCUCGCCCGCGCCCAUCAAUCUUCGAAUCUACUCGCCGAACGUCCUUACCCUCACGCUUGUCGAUUUGCCCGGACUCACAAAGGUGCCCGUCGGAGAUCAGCCAAGAGAUAUCGAGCGACAGAUCAGAGAGAUGGUGCUUAAACAGAUCUCAAAGCCGAAUGCGAUCAUUCUGGCGGUCACAGCAGCCAACACCGAUCUUGCCAACUCAGAUGGUCUGAAGCUCGCCAGAGAGGUGGAUCCUGAGGGUCAACGAACAAUUGGUGUGCUCACCAAGGUCGAUUUGAUGGACGAGGGCACAGAUGUUGUGGACAUUUUAGCUGGGCGCAUCAUUCCGCUGCGACUGGGCUACGUUCCUGUAGUCAACCGUGGACAGCGCGAUAUUGAGACCAAGAAAGCCAUCUCGUACGCACUGGAGAACGAGAAGAACUUCUUUGAGAACCACAAGGCGUAUCGGAACAAGGCAUCAUACUGUGGAACACCAUACCUGGCACGGAAGCUCAACCUGAUCUUAAUGAUGCACAUCAAGCAGACACUUCCUGACAUCAAGGCGCGCAUUGCAGCUUCGCUCCAGAAAUACUCGGCAGAGCUCAAUCAACUCGGCGACAGCAUCCUUGGAAAUCCGGCGAAUAUCAUUCUCAACAUCAUUACUGAAUUCUCAAACGAAUACCGAACGGUAUUGGAGGGCCACAGCGCAGAGCUCUCCUCAAUUGAGCUUUCUGGUGGCGCGCGUAUCGCUUUCGUCUACCACGAGCUAUACAACAAUGGCGUGAAGGCCGUGGAUCCUUUCGACCAAGUCAAGGACAUCGACAUUCGAACAAUCUUGUACAACUCUUCCGGUUCAUCUCCAGCACUAUUCGUGGGCACUACCGCAUUCGAGCUCAUCGUCAAGCAGCAAAUCAAGAGGCUCGAGGAUCCUUCAUUGAAGUGUGUCAGCUUGAUCUACGACGAGCUUAUCCGGAUAUUGGGACAACUAGUGAAUAAACCAAUGUUCCGAAGAUACCCUGCCCUCAAGGAGAAACUGCACGCCGUGGUUGUCAGCUUCUUUAAGAAGGCCAUGGAUCCUACAAACAAGCUCGUCAAGGACCUUGUUGCGAUGGAGGCAUGCUACAUCAACACCGGACAUCCAGAUUUCUUGAAUGGACACCGCGCUAUGGCCAUUGUCAACGAGAAGCACAAUGCGGCCAAGCCUGUGCAGGUUGACCCGAAGACCGGCAAGCCUCUUCCCAUUGCCGCACAGCCGCCUAGGUCGUCAAGUCCAAGCCUGGACAUGGGCAAUGGCGAGUCUGGGUUCUUCGGCUCUUUCUUCGCGAGCAAGAACAAGAAGAAGAUGGCAGCCAUGGAGCCUCCGCCGCCAACACUCAAAGCAUCCGGCACACUGAGCGAGAAGGAGACGCAGGAGGUGGAGGUCAUCAAGCUUCUCAUCUCGUCAUACUUCAGCAUCGUGCGGCGAACAAUGAUCGACAUGGUGCCCAAAGCAAUCAUGUUGAACCUGGUCGAACACACCAAGGACGAGAUGCAGCGCGAACUUCUCGAACAAAUGUACCGCACGCAAGAACUCGACGAUCUGCUGAAGGAGAGCGACUACACAACACGAAGGCGUAAGGAGUGUCAGCAAAUGGUCGAGUCGUUGUCGCGCGCCAGCGAAAUUGUCAGCCAGGUGCAGUAAGCGUGCGGAGCACCCGUUGCGCUGUGACGAGUGACGUUUGGAUUCUGUUAGCGAGCGAACGGUCAAGAAGGAUAGAGAGACAUGGCGAAGUUGCUGUGUCGCCGCGAGAUUACUCUUGGCGAGGCGUUGUAUUUGUUGUCGCUGCUUGGAGAUCCCACUUGAUAUCCCUGGUCUGAUGGGUGCUACAUGGGCUAGUGUUGCGAAUGGAAAAAUUGGUCUUUAUCUCAAGCGCUGUUGUGCUUCCUGUCCUUUCACCGCUGCAUUUGAGUUCUGCCUGUAUCAAUGUGGCUGGCACGAUGAAGAUGAAGGGCGGAGGAACAUUGCGCGCGGCUUCUCCGGAAAGUGCUCCGUGCCGGCAAGACUGCACAAGAGAUGAAGAGCGCAGAGCAACGCGCGCGCGCUUCCAAAAGUGACUGGCGCGGCGAUGGUCAAGGACGCUGGCAAACGGUGGUGCAGUCGUGAUGGAAGUAGCUCAGGCAAAAGCACGCGGCGCCAAUGAGAGGUGACAAUAGGCGGCAACAGCAUCAUCAAAGUGCGGGGUGGUGGGGUGACGAAGGCGCAAUAGAAGCGAGCUGGUGAGGAUAUCGAGAA